GUGUAAGCGGUGGGGACUGGGUAGGGAUUCUUAGUCUUUGCUUUGGGUCGGCCUCAUCUCUCUCUCUCUCAUGAGUCUUGCCUUGCUAAGCCUCCUUUACUUUGCAGAAUCCCUAACUUUUUGUGGUUUUUCUCCUCUGAGCUAUCUUUUAUUAUUAUUAUUAUUUCCCAUUCAACACACCUCCUCCUCCUCCUGAGUCUGCCACUGUAAUCAUCACUCCUCAUUUCUCCUCUGGAAAAAAUACACCAUCUUUCCAUUGCAAAUAUCCCUAGGACUGGAAUUAACUUAGUUCUCUGUUCCUCUUUAUUUACAUAUAUAGAACACGACUGAAAGGGUCAUGAAUGGGUAUAGAAGAUUUGGGUAGAAAUCAAUCGAUCUGAUUGUGUAAUUUUUCCAUGUUUGAUUGCAUGGUGGUGGCCUUGAUGAUGGGUUCUAGAGAUAGUGGAGCCAUGUUUCUUAUUUGUGUUGCAGAGCUACUCAGACAAGCAAUCCAAGAGUAGAUAGUGACCUUGUGAAUUACCCAUCAUCAUCAUCAUCAUCUCUUCACGAGAUUUGCUUUUCCCACAUAUCUUCCCACCCAUCAAAUGAUGCCUUUCUCUGGUUGAGUAUUCCUGCCACCUGGGUUUAUCUCUUGAGUUCAGAGCUAUAGUAGCUAGGUCUAGAAAUUAGAAGGGCGAAGUGGUCGAGGUUAUCAAGCAAACGCAGAAAUUAGACUAUUGGGUUUUGGUUCAGACCUUCAGAUUCUCCUCUUUACUAGACUAAUCUUCACAGGUAUGUUCCCUGCAACCAUGUCAAAUUCGACUUCUUUGUCUGAGGAAGCUAGCGUUUCUUCUGGGACUAGAUUUCAGGACUUCAGUAGUUUGAAUCCUCCUCAGCAGCAACAGAAGAUCAAGAAGAAGAGAAACCUCCCUGGUAACCCAGACCCAGAUGCUGAAGUGAUUGCCUUAUCCCCGAAGACUCUAUUGACCACCAACAGAUUUGUAUGUGAGAUCUGCAACAAGGGUUUCCAAAGGGAUCAGAAUCUUCAGCUUCACAGAAGAGGUCAUAACCUUCCAUGGAAGCUGAGGCAGAGAAACAGUAAAGAGAUAAUUAGAAAAAGAGUUUAUGUGUGCCCAGAACCAUCAUGUGUCCAUCACAACCCUUCAAGGGCUCUUGGUGACCUUACAGGAAUCAAGAAGCAUUUCUGUAGAAAACAUGGGGAGAAGAAAUGGAAGUGUGAGAAAUGCUCAAAGAAAUAUGCAGUUCAAUCAGAUUGGAAGGCUCAUUCGAAAACCUGUGGAACAAGAGAAUAUAGGUGUGACUGUGGAACCCUUUUCUCCAGGAAGGACAGCUUCAUCACUCACAGAGCCUUCUGCGAUGCAUUGGCUGAAGAGAGUGCAAGACUGUCCACCAACCCUUUGACCACAACAACCAACCCAAGCAGGGACCACCCUCCUCUCCAUUAUCUCCACCCUCAAAACCCUACCCUUACAACCCCUCCCCUCUUCAGUACUCCCUUCUCAUCCUCAACCCAACAACGGCAUCAUCAGGAACAGCUGACCAAUCACCCUCCUCCCACCCGCAUCUCCCUCACUUCAUGGGACCCACCUCAUCAAAUGAAGUAUGAAUUCCAUCACCCCAAUCACCAUCAUCAUCAGAUCCCAAGCAUCUCAGUUUCACUUCCUUUCUUACAAGAACCACUACAGGCACCAGCAACCCACAAACCGUUGAUGGUCACGUCACCCUUUCAGCAUCUCAGUAUGAGCCCCACCCCUACCCAUACUACUAACAACGCAGCUCAUAUGUCAGCCACUGCGCUCCUUCAAAAGGCUGUAAAUGUUGGUGCAGCAGCCAUUACAGGUGCUGCACAAGCUCAAUCAGUGGGUCACAUGGGGACAUCGACAACCACCACUAAUCGGUUGAUGAAGAUGGACAGCUUCGGUGGUGGUGGUGGUCACAUGGGUACCGCCGGAAUCUCGCCGGAAUAUGUGGGAUUCGCGUCAGGAAAUCUUGCAACGUGGCAGAAAACUGACCGUCUUACACGAGACUUUCUGGGCUUGACAGGAGACUGCGGUGGUGGUGGUGGAGGUGGCGAAGGUGGUGGCGCCGGCAAUGAUCUGUUAUCGUUCAGUGGGGGUGUUGAGUACCCACCACCAUAUGACCGUGACCAUUCUCUGUUGAAGACCCCUGGUUUUGGGUUUGGUGAGCAUUCCUCCGAAGCGUGGGAAGAUUGUUGAAGCUUCUUCAAGAUCAGAAACUGAGAAGGAGAAGAAGAAGAAGACGACGACCCAACUCCAAACUAGAACAGAAAAUUCCAAAUCUUGAGGAUAACAAGACGUGGUCCUUGUCAGCAAUGUCGGUAAAAUUACCACAAUGCCCUUGUAGUAGUUUUUUAAACCUUAUAUUUUCAGUCCAUUUUCUUGUGUUUUUUGCUCCAGUUUUCUCGUGUUGAGUGGCAUUGUUGUAAUUUUUGAUGAAGGUUGGUCAUGAUAAAGUGUAAUUAGUAUAUACUUAAGGCCAAAUUAGAGGCCAUAAAAACUGAGUAUAAGAUUAUAUAGAUAAUUUAUUUCCUUAA